AUGCCGCGCGCCAGGAGGUCCAAGGUCGUCUCGCUGACCAAGACCGACAAAAAGACAAAGGAUGACAAGGCCAACCUGAUGGAAAAGGUGCGCGAUGCGGCGCAGCAGUACCCCUACGUCUGGCUGCUCGCCGUCGGCAACAUGCGCAACGCCUACCUCAAGCAGGUCCGCGACCUCUGGAAGGGCUCCAAGAUCUUCUUUGGCAAGCACAACGUCAUUGCAAAGGCGCUCGGCACCACCGAGGAGGAGGAGAUCCGCACCGGCAUCAGCGGCAUCGCAUCCAGGCUCACCGGAAAUGUCGGCCUCCUCUUCACCGAGUCGCCGCCCGCAGAGGUCGUCGACUGGUUCAAGGAGUACUCGCGGAUCGACUUUGCCCGCGGCGGGUUCAAGGCGACGGAGACGGUCGUGCUUCCCGAAGGCCCCGUCAUGGCGAGGACAACACCGCCAGAGACGCUGCCGCACCCCAUUGAGCCGCAGCUCCGAAAGCUCGGCAUGCCCACCGAGCUCAAGCGGGGUGUCCCUACGCUGCUUCAAGAGUACCGGGUGUGCAAGAAGGGCGAUGCGCUGACCGCCGACCAGGCGCAAAUCCUCAAGCACCUCCUCAUCCAGAUGGCCAACUUCAAGCUGGUACCGCUGGCGUACUGGUCCGAGGCCGACGCAGAGAGCGGCAAGGCGAACCGAGGCGUCACCAACCUCGACGUGUCGGCGGAGGACCGGGAGCUGAUUGGCACGCAAGCGGGAGAAGUGAGGUCGAAGAAGGAGGGCACACAAGGCACCAAGAAGGGCGAGGCCGCAGCAGGCAGCGACGCGGAGAUGGACGACGAAGACGACGACGAUGACGAAGAGAUUGAGGACGAGGACAAGGUCACCGACAGCAUGAUGAUGCCCGCCGGGCUCUAA